UUGUGGUCCUUUCUAAAACAAAAAAAAAAUCUCAACUGUUGAUUGUAAUUCCUCAAAAUGUAACAAAAAGCAUUUUAAAAGAUUGUACGGCACAAGAAGGACGAAAACUAUUUUUUAUUUUAUUCGCGCAAACGAAGUGGCCACCUAUUAGGGUCCUAAUUCACGUGCGUCACAGUAGACAACACGUUUCGUUGAAUUGCACUUACCACAGCGGUGUACGUAAAAUAAUUUUAACAGUUUCCUCCUGAAAUUCUGAACUUAAUUCAGCAACACUGUUGCACAGACUUUUCUCUAGAGUUUUAUUUUACUCCAAAAUGGGGAAAAGAAGCAGACAACGGCAACAGCAGCAGAACCAGGGCAGAGACGCCCGGGAUAACGCAGGCUGGGGAGCUGGCUAUGCUGACAUUGUCAAGGAGAAUAAACUGUUUGAAAACUACUACAAGGAGCAAGGCCUGAUACCUGAAGGGGAAUUUGAACAGUUUAUGGAGACAAUGAGGGAACCACUGCCAGCAACCAUUCGCAUCACUGGAUACAAGAGUCAUGCCAAGGAGAUCCUCCACUGUCUGAAAGAGAAAUACUUCAAGGAAAUUCAAGACUUGGAAAUCGAUGGGCAGAAGAUUGAGGCUCCACAGCCUCUGAGCUGGUAUCCUGAUGAGCAGGCCUGGCACACUAACAUGAGCAGGAAGAUCAUUAGGAAGUCGCCUCUGCUGGAGAAGUUCCACCAGUUUCUCGUCAGUGAGACAGAAUCGGGUAACAUCAGUCGACAGGAGGCUGUCAGUAUGAUCCCACCUCUGCUCCUGAAAAUUGAGUCUCACCACAAGAUCUUGGACAUGUGUGCAGCUCCAGGGUCAAAGACAGCCCAGCUGAUCGAGAUGCUCCAUGCUGAUAUGGAUGUGCCUUUUCCAGAGGGCUUCGUAAUUGCCAAUGACGUCGACAACAAGCGCUGCUACCUGCUGGUGCACCAGGCCAAGCGUCUCAACAGCCCCUGCAUCAUGGUGGUCAACCACGACGCCUCCUGCAUCCCAAGACUGCAGACUGACAUGGACGGGAAGCAGGACAUCCUUUACUACGAUCGCAUCCUGUGUGACGUGCCCUGCAGGUCAGUAAGUGGUCCGAGCACUGGUCUAAAUUAUUUAUUUAUGUGUGUGUGUGUGUGUGUGUGUGACAACAGUAUGAGGAUUCUGCCACAUCACCAGAACACUGGAGGAUUCUUUGUGGCCGUGCUCGUGAAGAAAAGCCCGAUGCCGUGGAGCAAAAGAAACCCCAAGCUAAGGAAGGAGGUGUCGUCCAGUUCGGCAGCACAGACCGGAGGCUCUCAUGCGCCUUUGACCCCAGCAGACUCCCCCUGCCCCCCUGAGAGCGUUGAGGGGGAGGAAGGCGGCUUAGAGAUAAAAGCAGGAGAGGAGGUUGUGGAGGAGGAGGAGGAUGAGGCGGCGGCUGCAACCAAAGGAGCUUCCCAGACUCAGGAGACCACUGCAAAGCAAGAUGUGUGCGGGCCUCCACCUUUGAAAAAGAUGAAACUGUUUGGUUACAAGGAGGACCCGUUUGUCUUCCUAACUGGCGAUGACCCCGUCUUCACCUCCAUACAGUCGUUCUACAAUCUGACGCCCGAUUUCCCCAAACUUAACGUUUUGACCCGGUCCCACGAGGGCAAGAAGAGACACCUGUACAUGGUGUCCAAAGAGCUGCGCAAUGUGCUGCUCAACAACAGUGAACACAUUAAGGUCAUUAACACGGGGGUGAAGGUCUGGUCUCGCAACAGUGAUGGAGAGGAGUUUGGCUGUGCCUUCAGAUUAGCUCAGGAGGGUAUCUACACUCUCCAGCCGUACAUCCGCUCCAGGAUAAUCAGAGUCAGUGUGGAGGACAUCAAAGUACUGCUGACCCAAGAGAAUCCCUUCCUCAGCAAACUGGAGGACGACGCUCACGCUCAGGCCAAGGAACUGGGUACGUACUUGAUUCGACUCUGUGGCUAAAUCAAAUUCUGCACAUCUGCUGCCGGCUGCAGCGGCGAUAAUCCAGCUGAGCCACAGUGUCCCAUCCAGCUUUGCGGCUGGCGGGGAAAAACGUCCAUCCGUGCCUUCGUCCCACGCAACGAAAGAUUUCAUUACCUCCGAAUGUUAGGUGUAGAGGUCUUCAGAGACAAACAGGGCCAGGGUCAUAAACAAAGAAACGGGGAAGACGAGGGUAAAGAAGAGACGGUGGAUGAGAUGGGGAAGGUCGCAGGAGAGCUGGAUACGGAGAACGGUGAGAACAACACAGCAUCGGCACCGAAACUGGACAGCAGUAACGUGGGAUCGAGCAGCUGAGAAUUUUAGGGGGGGACAACGGAGGAGAAUAAUUUGAACUGACUUGAACAUGUCGUCCAAGCUCCGAGAGCUGCUGAGCACACCGUGUGGUAGAGGAGGGGUAAUGCGUUUCCAACACUGAAGUAUCCCCUCCCGCAGAUGGACUUGUUGAGGUUGUGUUUUUUAUGAAUUAUUCAAGGCGACAUCUGGUUUAGUUAAGGUAUCGUUUUUUUUUUUUAUUUCCAUUUUGACCGGUGGCUAGUUUUUUCCCGUGAUGUCUUUAACUUUUAUGUGAACUGAAAUCUCGUUUUACACCUGCCAAAGGGCAGGAAUAAAGAACUGAAACCCAG